GAAAGAGAAGGUUACUUUGUUCGUUACGAAUAUUUACGAAUAUGGCACGUACUAAGCAAACUGCACGCAAGUCGACAGGCGGUAAAGCACCACGGAAACAGUUAGCUACGAAAGCUGCUCGUAAAAGUGCUCCUGCUACUGGUGGUGUGAAGAAACCCCAUCGUUACAGACCAGGAACUGUAGCACUUCGAGAAAUUCGCCGUUACCAAAAAAGUACCGAAUUGUUGGUUAGAAAGUUACCGUUCCAACGGCUUGUACGUGAAAUCGCUCAAGAUUUUAAAACUGAUCUUCGUUUCCAAAGUUCAGCAGUAAUGGCCCUUCAAGAAUCUAGUGAAGCUUAUCUUGUUGGAUUGUUCGAAGAUACGAAUUUAUGUGCUAUCCACGCCAAGCGUGUUACCAUCAUGCCCAAAGAUAUUCAACUUGCUCGCCGUAUUCGUGGCGAACGUGCAUAA